UAUACAAUUCUUAUAUAUUCUACCGUGACAGACAAGGUAGCCAUGGGCGACGGUACAUGUUUGGGGUAAACAAACUGGUUUUCUGACAAGUUCAAUUAAUCUGGAAAUCAAUUGUAUAUGACAGUUCUCGUUAAUACAUAUUGGCAGUAUGACAUCUUUAGAUUUAAGACAACAGAAACUUGAACAACAGAGGCAACUAAUUGCACAAAAGAUGAAACAAAAACGACAAAGUGGUGCUGGAGGAAUGGUACAAGCAUCUAAUAUAUCAUGUACUCAGCUUACAAGCCAUUCUACAAAAUGGAUGAAUCCAAAUAAAGAACUUCGAGGAUAUGAUGGGCCAUUGCAAUUUAGCAUAUCACAGACAAACCCUGAUUUAAGUACAUUUUCAGAAAAUAAGGAUAUAGAAACAAGAAUUAAUGAAGUGAGUACAGAGGGAGGUUUCUAUCAAACUAUGGAAGCUACUGAUUGUGCAGAUGAAGAAUCAUCACCUAUAGAUAUACACUCACCUUCAGAAUCUCUACCAUGUUCUUCACCCCUUAGAGUAGCACCAUCGGAUGGAGCUAGUAUGCUUAUUAACAGAGAAAAUAAUUCCUCAAGUCCGGAACUCGAAGGAAACGUGGAAGGAAAUAUCGAGCAUUUUGUGUUACAACCAGCAAAUAAAAAAAUGCAUUACAAGUGUAGAAUAACACGUGAUAGAAAGGGUAUGGAUCGUGGUCUCUACCCAACCUAUUUUUUACACUUAGAACGAGAUUAUGGGAAAAAAAUAUUUCUAUUAGCUGGGCGCAAAAGAAAAAAAAGUACAACGAGUAAUUAUUUAAUUUCCACUGAUCCUACGGAUCUUUCACGAGGAGGAGAGUCUUAUAUUGGAAAAUUAAGAUCAAAUCUUUUGGGGACACAGUUUACCGUUUACGAUAACGGAUAUUCACUAAUAAAGGAUGAUAAACGUGACGAUCGCUUUAACCCAAGACAAGAAUUAGCCGCAGUAAUAUACGACACAAACGUUUUAGGAUUCAAAGGGCCGCGUAAAAUGACUGUUAUCAUUCCUGGAAUGACGUCGGAUCAAAAAAGGGUUGAAAUUUGUCCGAGAGAUGAAUCAGAAACAUUACUUGAACGUUGGAAAACAAAAAAUAUGGAUAACUUAAUAGAAUUACAUAAUAAGACUCCUGUGUGGAAUGACGACACGCAAUCAUACGUACUUAAUUUUCAUGGACGAGUAACGCAGGCUUCUGUAAAGAAUUUUCAAGUCGUACAUGAUAGUGACGUUGAUUAUGUUGUCAUGCAAUUUGGUCGUGUAGCAGAAGAUGUUUUUACAAUGGAUUACAGAUUUCCAUUGUGCACGUUACAAGCAUUUGCGAUUGCUUUAAGCAGCUUUGAUAGUAAGUUAGCUUGCGAAUAAGAAUAUAAUAUAAUAAUUAAGUGCACAGUUUAUUACACAUUUAUGGAUAGUAAACUAUAUUGGUCAGAAAAAUCUGCAACGGACAAUCAAUAGAUUGCAGUGAUUUCUUUUUAUAAAUAUAUUCGUAGUAAUUAUUAUAUUGGAACUGGAUAGAAGAAGAAUCAGUAUAAAUCGUGUGUUCACUUUUCUUAUAUACGAAUAACAUUUUUAAACGUUAAACAUACACGUGGUAAUCAGAUUCAUAUGUCAAGACAACAGUUACAAUUGCAUUGUUGUAAACACUAAUUGUAUUAUAUAUUUCGUUUUGUACUAUAAAACUGUAUUAAAUACAGAGAAAAAUAUAAAACUGUAUUAAGAAUAGUAAUGAUAAUAAUACAUUGCAUAUGAAUGUUCAAUGACAAAUAAUAUCAUAUACGAUCAGUAAUCAUGGAACAUAAUAACAAAAGAUGUAAAUUAAAUCACUGUUCAGUUUCUAAAAGACUUAUGAUUUGAUACUGUUAUAAAGUAUGUUUACAUGAAUAGUACUCCAUAUCAAACUUAUCACAAUGAGUGCAUAUUAACGGUAUUAAAGUACUGCACAAUUUACUGCCCAAGAAAAUGAGAAGGAAUUUUUCUAUUUAUAGUGUAUAGAAGAUACGUCGAACUUUUUAUUACAGUACACCUAUUGUUGUUAUGAUUAUUAUUGAUAUAAAUGCAAUUAUUUCAAAAGAAUUACUGUUACAAUUGACAAUGGAAGAUAUACCAAAAAUAUGUUAAUAUUGUGCCUUUACAUAAUAUUAAUUACACAUUGGAAUCUCUUUACAUUUAAAAGUUGUAUAAACAUUAAAUUUUUCUAACUAAAUCUUAAAUUCAAUACAUUGAAUAUGUAUAUACACACACAUAUAUAAAUGAUUUUUCUUUUCAUUGAUUGCAAUAAAAUAAGUAUUUUUUAAGUUUUUAAAAUGUACAAUUAAUUAUACAAAAGAUUAAGAAACAUCUACGAAAAUACUAAAAAUUCGUAACUAUGGAAGUAUUAUAUUUCUGAAAUUUCGUUUUGUUCAUAAGAACGGUGCUAUUUAAAGCUAAAAAUAAUUUAUUGAAAGAAAGAAAUUAAUUAGUGCUAUAUGAUUAAACAGUAUUAAUAUUGUCUAAGAUAUCAAUUGGAUGUUUUGUAAAUGUAACAUUUCAUAAUCAAUUUAUUUUUGAUUUUAAUAAUGUAAGCACUAGCUAGUAUUUAAAUACAUAUUGAUACCACUUUAAUAUGUGUGUGAG